GAACCCUGAUAAUUAACACACCACGUGCAAUUUACUUUACUUUAAUUUUACUACUACCUUAUUCUUUCUUCAGCGUGGUAACCGUUAUACUCUUUAUUACACCACUCACCAAAACUCACUUUCAUAAAGGAGAAGAAAAUGAAGAGACAAAGCAGCACGGUGUCGCCGUCGUCGUCCCGGCGAGAAACGACGCCGGACAAAAUUCACGUCAAGACAAUCGGCUGCAUGUCCGGCAUUCUCCAUCUCAUCUCCACUUCUAAUUCCCGUCGCCACCGCCGUUUCCUCACCUUCGGUAAGAAACAGUCUAAGAAUCAAGUUUCUACCGUCACCGCCACCGCUAAUUUGCCACCAGAAAAAACGAAUGAGAAGAAGAGUAGUGAUGAAGUUUCAACCGUACGAAAUUCAAAAUUAUCACGCGAGGUUCCGAGGAGUCCGACUUUACCGGCGGAGAUUCGCCGUUCGAGUCCAAGGAAGUCAUCGGAGAAUGUUCGUGAAACGCCGGCGUUAGUGGCGAGGCUGAUGGGACUGGAAUCGCUUCCGGCUUCACCGGAGUCAGUUGUGGAGAAGAGACAGAAGCUGCUUGGAGCUUUGCAGAGAUGCGACGAGGAUCUCAAGGUGCUGAAGAAAAUCAUUGAAUCAGUGAGGACUCCUGAACCGGUUUCGUCACCUUCGCCGGCGGUGGUUAAACGAACGGUUGGUGAGGUGAAAUGUUCGGUGGUUAACGGUGAACAACAGCAACCGAGUCCUGUUUCUGUACUUGACGAGUUCACUCGUUCGCCACUCAGUCCAAAUUGUCACUUCGGACGCCAUUCACAUUCACGAAUGCAACAACAGAAGCAGCAGUUACUGAAGAAGCCAGGAGAGGAAGAAAUCAGCAGCACGUUAUAUAUGCACGAGAGAAUGACAAACGAGUUGGUUAGUAAGAAAGUCAACGAUGAAGAUCAUUCAGUUAUGUGGAGUAGCAAGGGCAUGAAGAGAAGUGUAGAUGAGGUGUGUAGGGAUGUUGCUUGGGGAGAAAAUAGAGAGCUUGGAAGAAUAGGAUUAGCUUUGCAGGAUUGUAUAUGCAGGGAUUUAAUUGAAGAGAUUGUUAGAGAAUUAGGAUGCUCAAAUACUUUGCCAUUUGAGUCCUGUAAGAGAAGACUAUGCUUCUGAACUAUAUAACAUUAUUUUGUUCCUUUUUGCUUGAUUGUUGUUUUUUAUAAAUUUAUAUAGUGUAUGUUAUCUAACAAAUUACAUUGGAUUUAGCUGCAGGUUAUUGUUCAACAUAAUGUACAAUCAAUUUAUUUAUUUACUCA